GUGUGUUUCUAUCUAGCAACGCUGCGCUGCAGCCGCCUGCUCGCUCCCGGCGCAUGCGCAGUGAACGUAACAAACGUGGCAGACAGCGGUUGCCGCGGCGUUGUUAUGUGUUUUUAGAACCGUAUACCGUAUCCUUGCCGUACACACUUGAGUUUCGUCGCAUCUUUCGGAAGAAAACAUGUACUCGGUUCGUGCGUCGACCCUACGGACUGCCGUCGUAAUUGUGUGCCUUAGCUACGCCCGUGCGCUUUUUAUCACCGUGGACGCUCACGCGGAAGAAUGCUUCCACGACACCGCCACGUCGGGUACGAAGAUGGGCCUCACUUUCGAGGUGGCCGAGGGCGGCUUUUUAGACAUCGACGUUAAGAUCACGGGACCGGACGGCAAGGUGGUGUACCAGGGGGAGCGGGAGUCGAGCGGGAAGUACACGUUUGCGGCGUACGCCGACGGCACGUAUCACUACUGCUUCAGCAACGCCAUGUCCACCAUGACGCCCAAGAUCGUCAUGUUCUCCAUGGACAUUGGCGACGCCCCCACCAAGACUCAGGAGGGAGAGGAAGCACACGAAAACAAGCUGGAGGAGAUGAUCAAGGAGCUUUCAACAUCGAUGACUGCGGUGAAGCACGAACAGGAGUACAUGAUGGUCAGGGACCGUAUCCACAGAUCAAUCAACGACAGCACCAACUCCCGGGUUGUGAUGUGGGCCUUUUUCGAGGCGGUGGUGCUGAUUGCCAUGACGCUGGGCCAGGUGUACUAUCUCAAGAGGUUCUUCGAAGUGCGGCGAGUGGUGUAGCACGGACGCCACCCCAGCGGUGCACCCAACGCCGGGCACCAGACUGAACUGUGUGGCCAACAAAGUGUGGAGUCUACGACUUUUCUUUUUUGGUUCAUUUUUUUUUUUUUACCUUCGCCGGAUUUUUUUAGGCAUUUGACAUCUCGCACACACAUAUGAGGGUUAAAUUGGAUCAUCCACUAGAAUGUUAAAUGAAAACUAAUAAAAAAAAUGAUAGUGAUUUUGCCUCUGUGCAUGAGAUUCAGAUGGAUGAAAGGGUUAAGUUGCAGAGAAAUUGUGUCAGUUCUAGCGAGGAGAGCCCCAACCGACAGCGAAGAAGGGACUCCGUAAACUCGUUUUGGCCCCGGCUUUCCUCGAGGCGUCGAAUUAGGGUUGUUUUGUUGGCUUUAUUUAAAUAAAGUGUGGUUCUUA